GUUUUUGAUAUAUUUGAUAAUUUGCAUAUUUAUUUACAGGUAUUUAUUUUAGAGAACGAGAGCCUAACCAGCAUGCAUUGCCUCCAGGGCAUGAUUAAUUGGAUAAGGUGACAUCAGUUCAGUUGAACACACCUGUGUGAAAUCACGCGCCAUGCCUUCUCCUAUUCCCAUCACGCGCCUGUUACGGAAAGACAUCUACCCGUCUGCAGACAUCGCGGCUUGUAGCAGCCCGCUCUUCCAGCUGUCCCAAGGGUCCACCUUGCAGGUCCCCCCCCAGCGGCUACAUGGUAAAGUCGCAAGCCGCCUCUGGUCCUCCGUGAUUUACUGGGAUCAGCUGCGCUCCGUGGAAGUUGUGGGCUCCGGGGGCUUCGGCUCCGUCUACAAGGCGGAGUACCUCGGAGAAACUGUUGCGCUGAAGAAAGUGAAAAAGAGCACAAAGAACAAGCUGGCCUCCCGGCAGAGUUUCUGGGCUGAGCUGAACGCCGCACAUCUCCACCAUAAGAACGUCGUGCGCAUCAUCGCCGCAAGCACGUGCGUGCUGGCGGACUUGGAGGAUGACGCGAUCGGCGCGAUCGUCAUGGAGUUUGUGGGCAGCAGAAAUCUGCAGCAGAUCAUAUAUGAGAGCUCGGAGGAGCUCGGGGAGGACCGGUGGCUGAAGUUCUCCACAGACAUCGUGAAGGGCUUGAGCUUCCUUCAUUCCCACAGUGUUGUGCAUCUGGACAUCAAACCAGCCAACGUGCUGGUGUCACGGGGAGAAGUGUGUAAAAUUGCCGAUUUUGGUUGUUCACUGAAGCUGGACCGUGACUGUGAAGUGAGCGCCGUCAGCCCCCAGGUCAGCCACGGAUGUGGCACAUAUUCACACCGAGCCCCGGAGCUGCUCAAAGGCGAGCAGGUGUCUCCUAAAGCGGACAUCUUCUCGUUGGGGAUAACCAUGUGGCAGCUUUUGACCAGAGAGCCCCCCUACACGGGUGACAGGCAACACGUCCUCUAUGCUGUUGUGGCGCACAAUCUGCGGCCGUCUGUAUGCGACCACCCGGUGUUUGUUUCUGUGCUGGGGAAGCGACGUGCGGCGCUGCUGGGCCGCUGCUGGAGCGCUGAUGUCCGCUGCAGACCUAGUGCCGAGGAUGUGCUGCAUCAGCUGGAGCUCCUAAGGUCUCCUAGGUGAUUUUGUUAUUUUAUUAUUCGACUUUUAGAGAAUUUCAGUGCAAUUUGGAUGGUGUUGUGCAGCGAAACCCUGACAAGAUGGCAGCUUUCAGUUUGGACAUAAUGUGCCUCAAACUUAAACAUCCAGACUUUAACACUUGGGUUCUGCUUUCCAACAGUCGGCAAACUAGCCUUGUUUUACACCUCCAAAUGUAUUUUUUGUUAUCUAAAAUUGAUUUAAAUGUUUUAAUUAUAAUUGUUGUAACCACACACGUAUGUAUGUCUGUAUCUUAAGGUGUUUAUUUCUGCACCAGAUUAAUUUAUCAGGCCCAAUUCGCAUAUUGUAUUUCUCAAGCUGUAAAUAUAUUUUUUAGACAAUGAUCAAGAAUACGAUGGAAGAGGAUUGGGGCCUCUGACAAAAAGGAAUUCUGAGUUUAAUCUCAGAUUAAAGUCAGAAUUAUAUAUUUUUUUUCAGUGACCCUAAUCCUCUUCUUGGAAAAAUGUACUUAAGAAACAUUUCAGUUCCUACUUAAGUUUUUGAUUUUUAGAUAAUUUGUAUGUUGAAUUUAAUGUAAUUGUUAUGAAUAAAUUCUAGAAAUAUGUCACUCAGUGCGGCAGCAUAUUGGGGCCAUGUACUUUCAUUGAUGCUGCAUCCAUGAGACUUCUGCUCUUUACUUAUUUUAGCUAUGAAAUGCUCCAGCGACUGCCUGAUUCUGAUGGAGAUGCUGCAUGGCUCCUGGUGUCAUCCUGGACAUCCCAGCUCCUUUCAAACCAAACAGUGACUCUGUAUCUAAAGCAGAUGUAGUGAACGAACAUUGCAUGCAGAUAACUGCAUGCACUGUUCUAUUUUUAGAAAUCUAAACUUGCAAUGUCCUAACUUGACACUCUAAAGGCAGUGUGUAAUACAGCUUCCGGUUUCCUGCUUGAUUAAAAAUAAGCAUGAAAGUACAAAUUGAACUCUUCCAUGAACACUCAGCAUUGGAAAAUGUCUGAGAUGACUACAAUAACACAAAUGCCUAGAUUUGUUAUGGCCAAGUCUAACUUAUUUACAGACCAACCCAAAAUGAUUAUGGU